GUAGCUCGGCACGGCAGUGAAGCUCACACACUACCGUACCAUACCCUGAACCCUCAACCCCCCAAAACGAUAUCAAUGUGUCGAAGUAAAACUAUCCAGAUGCCGAAUCCCUCUCCAUCACCCAAAAAAAAACAUCCUCUCUGGAGAACUUUCACCAUGUCGAUCCUAACUCUCACCCUCGCCCUCCUCGCAGCAUCCCCGCACACGACAGCACAAUCCCUCCAAGGCCUCAACCACCUCCGCUUUGGAUGUUCCCAAAUCACCGUUGAGCGCCUCGAUCCGCUCGUCAAUCCAGGAAUGCUAGGGACGCCGCACGUGCACCAAGUCGUCGGAGGCAACGCAUUCAACGCGUCUAUUGAAAGCACCGAUGUUUCAAAUCUCGCUUCGUGCACGACGUGUGGACCUGCGGAUGACUUGAGCAAUUACUGGACUGCGAAUGUGUAUUUUAAAGCGCGGAAUGGGACGUUCAAGAGGGUACCGCAGGUGCCGAAUCGAUAUCUUUUCAACGAUAGGUUUACGACGCAGACGUCGGGAGGUGUCACCGUGUACUACAUCGCGACGAAGAAGAAGACGGUGACUGCUUUCAAGCCUGGCUUCCGCAUGCUCGUAGGCGACCCCAUGAACCGGCAGCCAAGAUAUAAAAUGCAAAACUGCUUCCGCUGCUACUCGGGGCCAAACUUUGGAGGCGACGACCGGGCGCCUUGCUCGGAUCCUAAAGUCGACUCCGAGGGGCUCCCCACGAAACCGUGCCCGGGGGGUAUUCGGUCGAAUAUCUUGUAUCCCACCUGUUGGGAUGGUGUUAACCUUGACUCCCCCAACCAUAAAGAUCACGUCGCGUACCCAACGACCGGACCUGCUGAUUUCCUGACGACAGGGAAUUGCCCAUCUACACACCCAGUCAAGAUCCCUCAACUCAUGCUCGAGGUUGUUUGGGACACAACCUCCUUCAACAACAAAGCCGACUGGCCAGCCGACGGCUCACAGCCCUUCCAUCUCUCAACAGGCGAUAACACUGGAUACGGCCAACACGGUGACUACGUCUUUGGCUGGAAAGGCGAUGCAUUGCAGCGCGCUAUGGAUGACAACGGCUGUUUCAGUGCAACGUGUGGAAAGCAGAAGAGUCAGGAUAUCUCGGAAGCCAAGAAGUGUACGAUCAAGACAACCAUAAAGGAGGAUGUUGAGGGUUGGUUGGAGAAAUUGCCCGGGAGUCCUAUGAGUUAG